AGUAUUUAUAUUUUCAAAAUUUGGAAUAAAAUAGAUAUGCAAUCUCUCUUUGUUAAAUGUUAGAAAUGUCAAUAAAGACCUGCUACGAUCAAGUGCAAUCAAUGCAGAUAUGGGUAAACAUUUCGAUUAUGCUACUCAUGUGAUUCCCAAAUUCACAAUCGAUCGGGUCCAAUAGAUUAGUAACACAAAACAGAAAUUAUACCUUAUUAGGAAAUGUACUAGAAAAACUAAAGCAUUGUUCCUGUUCCUCAGAAAAACGAUUAGAAAAAUUCUUUCAAAAAAAAUGAAAUCAAACCAACUGGUCAGGUGCCAACCAAAGAUUAUUUGAGCAAUGAUUCUAAAAAACAAGAUUACUCUAAAACCUUAGAUGUCAAUAGAGUCAACAACAAACAUGACUAUUUAGAGAAAAAGAUCGAUAGUAAUGAUAAAAGAGUUGAUUAGCCCUAUUCAUCCAACCAGAAAUUCAAUCUUGAUCAAGACAGAGGCUCUCAGUCAAUUAUUAAUUAACUAAAGGAAGAGCAACAAUAAGCAGAAAGAUUGAGAGUUGAACUCUCUCAAGCAAGAGACAAGGAGAAGGAAUUCCAAAGAAAAUUAUAAAAGGUUGAGAAGGAUUACGAAUAAAGAUCACAAGAUGAUAGAGAGAAAAUUUAAUAAUUAACAGAUGAAAAUAGAAAUUUGAACAAUAAACUUAGUUAAGCAAACAAGCAUUUAUAAGAUGAAGUUAAUAAAGUUAAAAAACAAUCAUAAGAUUAAAUCAAAAUGUUGGAAAGAGUUUUGAAGGAGAAAACAUAGGAGUUAGAAAAUAUAGCUUAAGAAUAUAAUUUAGAAGACAUUCAAUCCAUGAUGGAGUAACUAUAAUAGGAAUCAUCCAUGAAAGAUCAAAUUAUAGAACAAUUGCAACAAUAAUUACAGGACAACUAAGAGGCUGUUAAUGAAUUAUAAGAUAGAUUGGCAAGCAAUACUAAGCAAAAACAACAGUCAUCAAAUAAGAAGUCAGCAAAGAGUUAAGACAACGAGAAAGAUGAAGUUAUAUAAGAGUUGGGACAAUAAUUAGAAGCUAAGGAUGAGGAAAUUCACAAAUUGGAAGACUUAAUUGAGAAUUUUAAAUAGCUCUAUCAACAUAUGAGUGAUGAAAAACAAUAAUUAUAAGAAGAAGUUGAAAAGUUAGCUAAUGAAAAUAAUUAAUUUAGAGAAAUAUUUAGUCAAAAUUUACAUCUAUUUGGAAUUGAUCCUGAACAACUAAACGAAGAAGGAGAGGAGGGAGAGAAUGAGUAUCCUGAAGAAAUUGCUGAAGAGAAUGACGAGCAAAAUGAUUGA